UUGAAGCUCAGCACGCAGGCCAACACUUUCCUUGAAGGUUGCCGGGUUUGAGGAUAAGGCCAGCUGCGGACUGCAUGCAUAAUGAACAGAGCUCAUGUCUUGUCACAUUGUCAUGGAUAUACUAUGAUAUACACCGACAUUGUGAUUCCCGUUAUUUGUUUUCCCUCAGUAGCAGUCGGGCAACAGAGUCCACGAUGACAACAGCUUGUAGAUUCUAGAUUGUAGUUUAAUUUAGCCACACGCACACUUUUCUGUGUACAUAUAUAUAUAUAUUUAUUUGGUUACUUCUGAAACGUUACUAUGAUCGCAGCAUCUUCAGCUCGACGGCCGCUUUCUGAUGCCAUGUUGCUGCGCAUCAAGCCGUCCGGAGCUCCGGAAUUCGAAGUGGACGUGGAAGAUGGUGCCACCUUGCAGGACGUGAAGGUUGCAGCGACCGCUGGCUGCGACAUUGACCCUGAGCUCAUGAAAAUCAUCUACAAAGGCAAGGUAUUGAAAGAUGAGGCCGCGCUGGAGGGUUUGGGCAUCCAGAGCGGGACCACGCUGCACAUUGCCAAAGGCAUCGCGCAGCCACGCGAAGCUGGAUAUGCCAAUGUUAAAAGUGCAGAGUCUAUAGAGAUUCAGUUGAAAGGUCCAGGUCUUGAUAUCAGUCUUGCAGUUGGGCUCAAUGAUGCAGUAGAAGAGCUUCGACAAUUGGCAGCUUCCCGUUGCGAUCUUCAGCAGGAAGAAGUCCAUUUGCUCCACAAAGGGAAAAUCUUGAAAGAUGGUGCCACCUUGGCCUCUGACGGGAUUAUCUCCGGGGCAGUCGUGCGCGUUGCACGGCGAAGUGGGCCCCAGCAACCCUCGUUUGAACCUGUGGUGCCGUCAACGCCUGAGCCAGCGGAAGGGUCUGCCAUGCCGAUGGCUUGGGGCAAUAAUGGGCCAAUGGACUUGGCACAAGUUCGCAUGAUGGCGACCGCCAUGGGCAUUCCGCUGGAUCAGGUACUUGCCAACAUGCCGCACCAACAGGCCAUGGCCCUGGCUCAGCAGGAGAUGGCUCAGCUGCGACGGGCACCAGCGAACGAGAGCACUGCUGAGAUGCAGGCUAGGUGGGCGAGGGAGGCUGCAGACAUGGCCAGGCAGGUGCGUGCCUACUUGGAGCGAGAGGGUGAGCCAGAAGCAGACAACGAUGAACUAUUGGUCGACAUAUCUCGAACGCUUGCUGCCGCGCGGGAACGCGGUGCCCCGGUGCCCAAUGCGGUGGUCUUUGUCGACCGUGCCGUGGCAAGGAGGCGGCAGUCGCUGGCACUGCAGCAGCGAAUGGACAGGGAGAUUCGAAGUGGUUUAGAUCCAGAGAUUGAGGAUGCGUUUGCGGCUGCGGAGCAGUCAGUGAGCGCAGCUGCUCGAGCGCCAAGACGGCUUGGCGGAGAACCGCCACCUCCUGGUGCGUGAUUCUUGAAUCAUGUUGAAAUUGCAACAAGUGCGGCAUUCGCGUCUUGUAUAGGACUCGUAUG